CUGCCCACGGCCCCGGCGGGCAGCUGGGACUAUGAACCAGAAAGCGCGGCGCUGCCUGGGCCACCUCUUUCUCAGCCUGGGCAUGGUCUACCUCCGGAUCGGUGGCUUCUCCUCGGUGGUAGCGCUCGGCGCGAGCAUCAUCUGUAACAAGAUUCCCGGCCUGGCUCCCAGACAGCGGGCGAUCUGCCAGAGCCGGCCCGACGCCAUUAUCGUCAUAGGAGAAGGCUCCCAAAUGGGCCUGGACGAGUGUCAGUUUCAGUUCCGAAACGGCCGCUGGAACUGCUCAGCCCUGGGCGAGCGCACCGUCUUCGGCAAGGAGCUCAAAGUGGGGAGCCGGGAGGCUGCCUUCACCUAUGCCAUCAUUGCCGCCGGUGUGGCGCACGCCAUCACGGCUGCCUGUACCCAGGGCAACCUGAGUGACUGCGGCUGUGACAAGGAGAAGCAAGGCCAGUACCACCGGGACGAGGGCUGGAAGUGGGGUGGCUGCUCUGCUGACAUCCGCUACGGCAUCCGCUUCGCCAAGGUCUUUGUGGAUGCGAGGGAGAUCAAGCAGAAUGCCCGGACGCUCAUGAACUUGCACAAUAAUGAGGCAGGCCGGAAGAUCCUAGAAGAGAACAUGAAGCUGGAGUGCAAGUGCCACGGCGUCUCCGGCUCUUGCACCACCAAGACCUGCUGGACCACACUGCCACACUUCCGGGAGCUCGGCUACGUGCUCAAGGACAAGUACAACGAGGCCGUGCACGUGGAGCCAGUGCGAGCCAGCCGCAAUAAGCGGCCCACCUUCCUGAAAAUCAAGAAGCCGCUGUCUUACCGCAAGCCCAUGGACACAGACCUGGUGUACAUUGAGAAAUCACCCAACUACUGCGAGGAGGACCCAGUAACAGGGAGCGUGGGCACCCAGGGCCGCGCCUGCAACAAGACGGCCCUCCAGGCCAGUGGGUGUGACCUCAUGUGCUGUGGCCGCGGCUACAACACUCACCAGUACGCCCGUGUGUGGCAGUGCAACUGUAAGUUCCACUGGUGCUGCUAUGUCAAGUGCAACACGUGCAGCGAGCGCACUGAGGUGUACACGUGCAAGUGAUCCCAAGCCCCGCCACACUCCCUGCAGCCGCCAGCCGCAGGGUCGACUUCAGGGAGGACCGUGUCGCCUUCAGUCUGGAAUCACCCUGGCAGGCGCUUCCAAGACCUUCACAGGGUACCCCAGGAGCACGGAGGCUGUCUUUACUCUGCGGAGGGCGCCUCUCCUCGGCUUCUCCCAGGCCCCUGUGGAAACCCUCUCCAGGGUCCUGGACUGUUCCAUGACACGCCCACAUGCUGCUCCACCCCGCCCCAGACACUGCCCUGGACAGCAGGAGCUCUGGACCCCUGGACCUCAGCGUCGUAAUAUUUAACAGUUUAUUCUGAUAGAAAUAAUAUUAAUUUAUUUAAUUAAAAAGGAUUCUUUCACCUCAUCAGGAUCCCUUUUCUGCAAUCAAAGUGGACUGCUUGCUUUCCUUGUGGGAUCCCCCGUGUCUGCUUGUCACUAGACAAGGAGCCAAGUGGAACUGUCCCUAAUGACUCUUCCUGCCUACAUCUCGACUAGUCGGCUUUGCAAGUAUCCUUUGUAGCACUAGAUGUUCCAGGACAAAAGCGGACGCCCUUUAUAUAUACCUGUAUAGACAUAGACAUAGAGAGAUACACACAUUUAUAUUUUUGGCUGUUUGCUGCUACAUAUCCGGAAAGCUAAGCUGGUCCCAGUUUGGAGUUCUUUCCCAGAAUAAAUGUCCAGUACUUUU